UUCAGAUUGCUGAGAUAGCGAGUAUUAAUAUAGCAUAUUUCCCUAUCUUUUCUUCUGGCUCCGCCAUCACAAUCUAUUCUAGCAAUAAUUCACCAGUAGCAAACGACUUGUCACCAAACUAACACAAAUGGAUAUCAUAUCCUUACUCACAAUGAUUCUCACACUGUUUACCCCAAUCGCCUAUGCUAAAGCAUGGGAUUGGUGUACUUGUAUACAAGAAAGAGCUAAUCCCGCACUCGGAAAAAAGGGCAGAGUUUCAACCGAGGAUUUACAAACCAACGCUUGUAGGCGGGCUAAGCCAUAUUUUGCAGUCGGACCCUGGGCAGUUCGACAUCACAACUUGCUAGGUUGGGACGGGUAUUGGUGUACCGCCUAUGCAGGUACCAGGAUAUCAGGGGAGAAUAUGUAUAAUGCGUGCAGAUACUAUGGAGCGGUUGACUCGUGCUGCGUCGAUACGGAUGCAUCUGAGACUAUCGCGACUAGUCAUUCAACCGGAUGCGGGUGACGAGGGGAACGCGGGUAAUGCCGUUGUCCAGGUUAUUACCAACUUGAACGUCGCGCUUAAAAGUAGUAUGUUACAGCUGAUAGAGAGGGUGACAGAUUGACUGUAUAGUUACUAGUGACAUAACGAGUAUGGGACAAGUUAGUUGUGGUAUUGCUUAGUGUAGUCUGCUGGUUCUGCAGUAAAUCUAUAACGGCCAAACUCGUGAAGAUCGAUGAGGAAGGUGACAGAUCUUCAGUAUGGUUAGCAGUGGCAUAAUGAAUGGGGAUAAAUGUGUUAGAUUGACGCCUGUGUCCGGAUUAAAGGCUGUCAAAACUACAAUACUCGCAUAAAUGUAAUAUGCAAGAACCGGUGAGAACGGGUAGAUACAAGACAGAACCCCGCUUCGACCGGGAUGGGAGGAAUCCCUCAAUCAAGCACAACAACCACUCUUUGAUCAAUGAACCCAGGUGUAUUGCAUCGAAUCGACAUCGACUAUCUAACAAAAUGUGGUUGUAUUGCUUAGAGUGAUCUGCUGGGCCUGCAGGAGAUCUAUAUAAACGAGUGGUAUCUAUCCCUUGUAGGGCAAUCCUGGCCAGAGGUACCUUCUGUAAAUUUUUCUUGGCACCCAGUGUUAAGAUUUGUUAGGUUUUUGCAGGGCUUCGUCUCGCACUCCUAACGGGUCUCAUCGUUUCCGUCUUCACUUUUGGACUCGUCCCUCAACACCACCACAGCACCCCUCCCCUUCAUUCCUCUCACAACACCAAACACGACGAGACCUCCCCCGAAAGUGAAGUAGGGCGAGAGUUUAGAAGCUUUGAAGGUCACUCUCGCUCUCGCCGAUCCGCGCGUCCGCUAGCCUGCGGCGCGCUGCGCCCGCCGCGUGCGGGCCACCACUCAGACAAGGGCUGGAAUUGCCCUUGUCCACACACCAAAGCCCCGGCACAGCAGUUAGGUCACUUUCUGUCUUCGUGCCAGACCUUCUGUCUUGAAGGUCUUGAACGUUUCCGCUCCCGCCAGAGCCCGACUUAUUCAGGCAGUAACGGAGAGCGAUUAUUGCGGGCUCCUGUAUCGCCAUCGGCUGGGAGCCGACUCGCUGUACGCCCUCCUAGCUUCCCUCCAACGCAAAGUGGAGAGAAGAAAGGCGUGGAACCACCUCACGACCGACCGUGCUAGGUUUUUCCCCCUUGUUGUUUUUCCUAGUACAAUCCGAACUACCUUUCUUGUGAAUGAAGCGACCC